AUGCCUUCGGCUACCUCUUCCGUCGAUUCUGGUGGGGACGAGCCCGACUCGUCCGAUGACCCGUAUUCGAUCCGGCAUGUGGCCACGCCUCCCGCCCCUGAUAUUAGGGAGAUCGUCUCUGCAGCCGCCGCCGCCCAGGAUGCCUCAUCUUCAGAUCAGGCAUCGACGGCUCCUGGUCGUGACAAUGAGGUCUCUCAAACCGCCACUGGGGGCAUCAUGAGUUCCAGAGCCUACCAGCUGGAGAUGCUCGACCAGAGCCUUAGGAAAAAUGUUAUCGUUGCGAUGGACACGGGGAGCGGCAAGACACAAGUAGCUGUGCUUCGCAUCAAGGCCGAGCUGGAACGAUCCAGUUCCGAAAAGAUAAUAUGGUUCCUCGCUCCGACCGUGUCGCUAUGUGCUCAGCAGUUUGAGGUCAUUCGGCUGCAGGUUCCCUCUGUCCGUUUGAAAUUGCUGACGGGCAACGACAACAUCGAUUCCUGGAACGCCGGCACUUGGGACGCCUUCCUACAGGGCGUUCGCAUCGUUGUGACGACAUAUCAAGUCCUUCUUGAUGGGUUGUGCCAUGCGUUUGUGAGGCUGGACCAGCUGUCGCUCAUAGUGUUCGACGAAGCCCAUCACUGCGUCGACAAGCACCCGGGCAGCAAGAUUAUGACGGAUUUCUAUCAUCGACGAGGCGCAAGAGAGAGUCUGCCUGCCAUUCUCGGCUUGACGGCGACCCCGAGCAUCAGAUCCAAAGUCAAGAACAUCGAGACCCUCGAAGCGACGCUAAACGCCAAAUGCAUAUCGCCAACUCUGCACCGCGAGGAGCUCCUGAAGUGCGUCAAGAAGCCUCAGAUAGUCCACAUCCCACAUGAUACGCAGCUCUUCACGUCGAGGACUGCGUCGAUGAGGUCUCUCGAGCGAGAGCGACACGAGCUCGACAUUACGCGCGAUCCCUACAUCCUGAGCCUACGAGCAGAGCCCAGUGAUCGAAAUCGCCGAGCUCUGGAGCGGGCCAUCGAAAAGUACGACACGUACUCGCAGAACCAGGUCAAUGGACUCUGGAGUCGCUGCGUCCAGGUCGCAGAGCAACUGGGGCCGUGGGCUGCCGACCUCUACUUGUGGAAGGCGACGAGCACCUAUCUCGAUCGGCUGGGCAAACGAGACGACUUUUUUGACCAGUGGUCUAGCGAGGAAAAGCGCUACGUAGGCGACUUUCUUCGCCGCGUGGCGCCGCGACAGCCGUCUCCCAUGCCGCAGCGGGGCGACGACGUCUCGAGCAAGGUGACGGUGAUGUUGCAGGAGCUGCUCUCGAUGGAGGAUCCCGUCACGGGAAUCAUCUUUGCCAAGGAUCGUGUCAUUGUCACGAUGCUGUGGGAGCUUCUCGUGUCCUGUCCCAGGAUCGUGGACAAGUACAAUGUUGGCUUUGUGGUUGGCGCAUCCAACUUCCAAGGGCGCAGGCGGAAUGUGUACGAGUUUCUGGAUCAGGCUGACCAGUUGGCGCUGCAAAAGUUUCGCUCGGGCAAGAUUAACCUCUUGGUGGCAACGGCAGUUUUGGAAGAGGGCAUCGACGUCCCGGCAUGCAACCUUGUCGUCUGCUUCGACCACCCCGAGACCCCCAAGUCCUUUAUACAGCGCCGCGGGCGAGCCCGUAUGAGGAACUCGCGACUGGUUCUGCUCUCUGAGCGAUCAUCAAACGUCAUCAGACAAUGGGAGGCUCUGGAGGAGGAGCUGAACCAAGUCUACGAGGAUGAGGAGAGAGAGAUUCGCCAGCUGGAGGUGCUAGAAGACUCUGAGGAGACGGGCUCGACUUGCUUUGAGGUGGCAGCCACUGGCGCGCGAUUGGACUUUGACAAUGCAAAGCAGCAUCUCGAGCACUUUUGCAGGAUCUUGUCCCAGGGCGAGUUUGUCGACAGUCGACCAGACUACAUCCUCCAGCGCCAUGACGAGACAUCGCCGGCAAGACUUAGCGCGACGGUCUUGCUACCGCCAACCAUUCCCGAGGCGCUCCGACGAAUCGACGGCGAAUCCACCUGGUUGUCUGAGAAGAACGCUACAAAGGAGGUUGCGUUUCGCGCGUACGUGGCUCUUUAUCGUGCCCGCCUGGUCAAUGACAACCUGCUGCCGUUCAGGUUCGACAACAUACCCGGCGUGGAGACUAGAGCGGCCGAAGUGGACGUUGAGCCGCCGUUUAGUCCGUGGCAGGCGGUUGUCGGGGAGUGGCAGCGCCGUGGCCCGAAGUGGCUGUAUGGCCUCACUUUUGAUGGCGAAAGAUACGGGAGGUCAGAAUAUGACAUACUCAUACCCGCCGACCUGGACCAGCUGCAGCCGAUUGAACUGUUCCUCACGCACGACAAGCGCUGCUGGGUUGAGUUUAGCUCAAAGAGGCCGCUGUCAGAAGAGGAAGCAUCAAGAUUGCCAGACCACACGUCGACGCUGCUUGCGCUCACAUUUUCCCACCGAUGGGCUGUCGACGACCGGCCGCACGUUGUCAGAGUCUCUUCCAAGAGUUCAAUCUCGAGACGUCAGAUUGGCGCUGCGCGAUUCGAUGCGCGGGACGAGCGCCUGAGAACGGGGCAAUAUCUCGUCAGGGACUCCUCGGGCACGCCAUUCAUCUUCGAAGGCACUAUCCCGUCACGGCCGCCCGCGGAACAGGUCCAGCAUCCCUUCUUCGACUACGAGCUUGCACCAAAGGAUGAGCAGUAUUUGGUGCUCAACCGGUGGACGAAGCGAUCCGACUUUCUGCAUCGCCUGCACUCGGACGCCAACGCCACGGCGACUACCAUGAGGUACCCUUGGGUGCUGCCGCAAUCGUCUGCGACCGCUGAUAAGAUCCCGGCAAGACAUGCGCAGUUUGCCAUGAUGAUACCUUCCAUCAUACACGAGCUGGAAGUCAUGCUCACGGCCAAAACACUGGCGGGAACCAUACUUAACAGAGUGGGAAUCUCGGAUCUUAGACUCGUCAGGGAGGCAAUCAGCGCGCGUAGUGCAUCUGAGCCUGUCAACUAUGAACGGCUAGAGUUUCUGGGCGAUUCGAUUCUCAAGUACUGCAGCUCGGUUCAGGCAGCUUCGGAUCAUCCGACUUGGCCGGAGGGCUACCUGUCGUUCUUUAGAGACAGGCUGAUUGCCAACUCGCGGCUCUGCCGAGCGGCACUCGAGAGCGGGCUCGCCAAGUUUAUCCUCACACGUCCGUUCACCGGCCAAAAAUGGCGCCCACUGUACCUCGACAAUUUCCUGCACCAGGGCGGGAAACCUGCAAAGGGUCGCCGGCUGUCGACAAAGACCUUGGCUGACGUGGUUGAAGCGCUGAUCGGCGCCUCAUUUAUAGACGGAGGAAUUCCCAAGGCUAUCACAUGCAUGUCGACGUUCCUGGGCGAGUGCAAUUGGCGAGAUGUCGAGCGCAGUCGCGAGCGACUCUUCCGGCUUCAGCCCGAUGUGGCGCUUCCGCCUGUCCUGGAACCCUUGGAGACACUUCUUGGAUACUCCUUCAGGAAGAAGUCGCUGCUUGUCGAAGCAGUCACUCACGGUUCGUAUGUCGUUGAUUCUGGCCAGCGUUCGUACGAGCGACUCGAGUUUCUCGGCGACGCAGUCCUGGACAACAUCAUUGUCACGAAGCUGUUUGCUGUCAAGCCUCCUCUCCCGCACUACCAGAUGCACUUGCUCAAGACAGCCAUGGUCAAUGGGGACUUUCUUUCGUUCGUCGUCAUGGAGCACGGACUACGGGAGCAUGAGAAUCUCAUCACCCGCGACUUGCAAGUCGUAGACAAGGACGUCGCACUUCCGCUGUGGAAGUUUAUGCGUCACAACUCGGUGGCCAUUGGGCUGGAGCAGGACGCGACCGUUCAGCGGUUCGAGGCACUGCGCGGGGAUAUUUGUGCUGCGGUGUGGCACGGGACACACUACCCGUGGGCGCUUCUUGCACGAAUGCAGGCCAAAAAGUUCUACUCGGAUCUGUUUGAAGCAAUCAUUGGCGCGGUGUGGGUAGAUUCGGGGUCGAAAGAGAGCUGUGAGCAGGUUCUGGCUCGGUUCGGGAUGAUGGCCUACCUGGAUCGUAUAGUGCGCGACAAGGUGCACGUCCAGCAUCCUAAGGAAGAGCUGGGGCAGUGGGCCAUGACGCAGACGGUCACGUACGAGGUGGACAUGGCCGAGAGCGCAGGCGGGGAGAAGACGUACCUGUGCAAGGUGCACGUGGGGAACAGAGUCGUGGCCGAGGUGACGGACGGGGUGAGCAAAGAGGAGGCCAAGACCAAGGCGGCGCAAGAAGCCGUGAGGAGGUUGAUGUCGGAGAAGGAGUCGUCUUCAAGCGAGGGGUCUUCGGAAUGA